GAAGGUCUUUUUUCCAAAAACAACCGGCUGUUCUAUUAUAUAUAACCUACGCUAUCACAUCCGAUAUUCUCAAACAACACCCUGCAAAGGAAAAGAGGAAGAUUUGUAGAGGAAAGAAAGCAGGGGAAAAAAUAGAAAAAAAAAAGAAAGAAAGAAAAGUCCGACGGAGAGCAAGACAUUACGAUGAAGAACGAGGGGAAGGAAGAGAACGCCAAAGCGGGGUGGCAACUGUCAGGCAGGGAGGACGUCUGAGUGGCACGAAUCCCCACUAUAGAGUGACACCUUCGCCCCUUCCAUUUAGUCUCACCUCCACCCCUUUGCCUUUUUGUAUCCCCUGUUCUCCUUGACUUGCCCGCCGCCGUAGGGUCAGAGAUGCCCAAGCGCCCGGCGCCCGGCUUCGAUUCGACCCCCGAGCGCUCCGCCAUGGCCGAUUCACCCCCGGGCGCGGGCGAUGGUGAGGAAUCCCCCGAAGAAGAACGAUAUAUUGACGAAGAAGAGGAGGAAGUGGAGGAGAUGGUGGAGGAAGAGGAGGACGACGAGGAGGGAGAAGAAGGAUCGCAGGGAGAGGGAGCGGAGGACGAAGAGGAGGUGGCGGAAGUCGAAGGGGAGGAGGGCAGCGAUUCUUCUGAUGCCGAGGCUCAUCCGGGCGAGGAUGCCCAUGAUGCCAGUGAAAAAGUAGAGUCUGCAGGCAAUGGUAAGGACCUGAAGUCAGUUUCUUCCUUGCAUAAGAGAUCUUGCAUUGAUCAAUCAUUGGCUAUCCAUGGCCGGGAUGGUGUCGGCGACCUUACUGCCUCUGAUUCUUCACCUAAGCUGCUAGCAGUAGAUAGUGAGCAGGGAUCUGCUAUAAAUGACAGGGACACCAGGUCUGCCAUUCAGGAUAAACAUAUCAUGUCCUCUGAAAAAAGUAAAUUUUUCAUAUCUCAUCUAGCUGGCAGAGAUAUUGAGGUUCUGUUGGAAAAGGAAACUUCUAUUGAAGCUUCAAAAGAUGGAAGAAGAUACAAUUUUGAAACUCAUGGCAAUUAUAAAUCUAAUUUAAGCUCUGAUUGUUCUAUCAGUGGCAAGGAUACCAGAUCAUUUCAUGUUAAUGAGGACAAACCAGUUGUGCAGAGCAUGAUAAAAAGUGGCUCUAGAUAUGGGAAGAUGGAUGGUGCUAUAGAAAAGGAUGCACCAAAUCCCUACACCAAAAUCAACUUGCAUCCACCAGAGGACUUUGGUGUAUCAAGCAUACAUACCCCACAAAGGAGACGUAGGAGUUCAUCUCCUGGUGCCCCAUUUGAGAUUUCAAAGAAAAGGCCUGCAAUUAUAUGUGCCUUUUUUAAGCAAGGCUGGUGCAUCAAGGGAAAUUCUUGUAGUUUCCUUCACCUGAAAGAGGAGGAUGCCAGAAGCAGCCAGUGGGCCAAGGAGAAUAUAGCUGAAUCAAAUACCAUGUAUGAUUCUAUGGAUCAUACAGGUUCAAGAGAAGAAGCUCAGAGAUUGAAGCCAUCUACAUCACAUGAGCCUCUAGACUCAUUAAAUUUUGAGAAACCAUCAAAGUUGGAUUUACAAAGAGCCCUUGUCCGGGCAUAUGGUGGAGAGGGCUCUGGAUUUACUCAGUUCCAUGAUGAAUAUGAUAAGCACUCAUCAAAGAUUUCUGCAGAAGAGCAUUUUCGAUAUGAUAUUUCUGGUAGCGACAGGGCAUUAAAUCUUCCAGUGAAUGAGUUAAGGAAGGCAUCAUUGGUUCAAGAAGGAUAUCAAAGACCCAUUGGGGUAAGCCCUUAUCUUCAUCCCAUGGAUGAGAGGCAUUCAGCUAGUGGAGAAUUCCUCUCCAGAAGGUACCUAGAUGAAGGAAAGCUGCACCAGGAAAUGCCAAAAGAAGAGUUUCUGAAUGAUGCAACAUUUUCAAGAGCAUCUCCUUUGUCAAGGAAUCCAUUAAUUCUUGAAUCUGGAUAUUAUUCAGAACAAUCCUCUGCAGCAGCUGGUCUAUACCAGAAUAGUAACAAUUCAUAUUCCCAUGGCAAAAUGACAGAGGAUGUUGCUAUUGGAUAUCAGCAAAGCCGCUUUCCACCUCCUGAUCCGAAAUACUGUUCUUAUAGUCUAAGCAGCUCAUCGAAUUUGAGGUUUGACAAUUCUUUUCAGCCUCUCAGUGGUUCACCUCCAGUUCAGACACUUGCUCAAACAGGAACAUCAUCAACUAGCAGAUCUAUGCCAUUAAGUGCCGAGCACUUUGAUAGCAAUAGAACAUUCAAUUUUAAUAGAGGAUAUUAUGGUUCCAGGUCUGCUUCGCUUCCAAGUAAUUCUUCACCAUACUACUCAAGAUCAGAAAUAGGAAGCAAUAUGCAACAAGAUAUUCUUGCAGAUGUUCCACCCUCUGCAGGAUCAAAAAUACAAGUAAAUUCUUGGGAGCCAUCUGAACGUUUUCAAUCUUCUUUUUGUGCACCUGCAAGUAAACCAUCUCCUGGAAGUCAAUAUGAUCCACUAAUUGAUAGCAUUGAGCAUCCAAAAGCAGGAAAUGUGACUAUCCAAACUUCUCCCAUCACUAUUAUCCACAAUGUGUCAAGUCAGCAUAUAAGUGGUCAUGCCCCAGUAUAUAGUUCCCAGAAACCUCUGAAUUCUCCUCACCACUCCACUGAAGACAUAUUUGAUGAGAGCGCAUUAGCACAUCAAUUUAAUGGGCAUAUCGCCCCACUGCCUGCUACUGGACCUGAUACAGUUGAUGCGGGAAAAAGUUCUGUGCCUAAAGAUGAGAAAUGCUGGGUUCCUCACGUGACUGAUGGCGAAAAUAUCAAUGUGGUGGACCUUGGUAAUAAUACAAGGAAUCAAGUGGACAAGGCUAGAAAUGACAAGGAAUCAAAAGCAUUAAGAAUUUUUCGUGUUGCUUUGGUGGAUUUUGUGAAGGAGUUGGUAAAACCGUUUUGGCGGGAGGGUCACUUAAGUAAGGAUGCCCACAAGAUGAUAGUUAAGAAAGCAGUUGAAAAGGUCAUUGGUUCACUGCAACCCCAUCAAAUCCCGAGUACUGCAGAGUCGAUAAACCAAUACCUAUCCUUAUCCCAGACAAAACUUCUUAAACUUGUAGAGGCUUAUGUGGAUAAGUACGCCAAGUCCUGAGCCUCCAAUAUCUACAUGGUUUUGAGUUCUGUACAGAUAUCUGCUUGUGGAUCUUACCUAGGCAUUUUGUAGACUUGCUUGAGACAUUGUCAUAGCAGAGUCCAAGCUUCUUUGCAUGGUUGGCUGCAAAUUUUCCUCUGGGAAUCUGUUACAUGGGUUACCUUACUUUAUUUAGGAGACUUCAAAAAUUGUAGGUUUGUUUAGCUUAAUCAAAUUAGUGAGAUGUUAAUGUUUCUUGACUUCUUAAUAAGAUGUUUGCUCAAUUUGUGAACUAAGAAAUUGUGGGGGACCUAGAAGACAGGAAAGUUACAGUUCAAAACUGCAAUCUGUUUUAAUAAUUUCUUCUGAUUCUUCUUGCUGCUGCAGUAAUUAGUGUAUGCUAAUCAGGGGGUAAAUCUAGGUUUUCUUGAGGAAAUGUAAAGUUCAAAAUUAUAUGUCCGGAACUAUUUUAUGAUCAUGUUUAAAUAUUUAGGUUUCAUCA